AUGUCUUACCACAUAACUUCAUUUGUAGAAGAAUCAAAAUUUAUUUAUCUGCAAUCUUAUGACUAUUAACAUUCUUAUGAUAAUGAUAAAGAAAAAUUAAUUAACUACCACUAAUUUUACUUUAUUGAAGAAAAAGUUGAUGGAGUUAAUAGCAAUUAAUUUUGA